AUGGGUCUUCAGUCCAAUUCCGUUACACUCCGCGUGGAAAAGAAGCUGGCUGGGAAGCUGGGACAUCGUUCCGUGGCCAAACACAUCCUGCCCGAUGAGAUUCUGGAGGCCAUCGACAAUUUCCACCAAAUUUUGGUGGAAUUUCACUCACCAAAAGAGGCCGAAAAGGUAAGGUUUGCCUGUUAAAUUGCAGUAGGUGUGCCUUUUCAUUGUAAUUGGAAGAAACAAAUUUUUAAAAGCGGAACUCACGUUUGUUAAUUAUCGGCGGUUAGUAUUCCUAUGCACGGCUACCCAACAUAGAAGGGCACUUCGGUGUGCCGUACGACGAUUCUUAUUUUUUGAGACUUUAGAAAUGAAGGAGAAUAUAAGGGUUUUUGGUUUUUAUUUGUGGUAAACCAAUGGGUAACGUAUUCAAUAAAAUCAAGUUUUAUCGUUCAGGUGAUUUCUGGUGUGAUCAAGACUGUAACCAAGUUGGGGAUUAUGUUCCAAGAGCAGUCCAACAUCGAGAACAACAUGGAUUGUCUGCUGAAUAUGCAAGCUAAGCUCAGGAAUUUGUUCAAGACAGUUCAGUCGUUCCAUCAAGUGGAUUACAGUUACUCCCGAACUCAUCUUUUCGACCGCUUUGAUGAAGCCGAGAGCAGUCUUUUGGCUGUCGUGGAGCGACUUCUCAGUCCAAAGUCAUCCAAUCGAGUCAAAUUUGUGUUUGAGAAGCUGAGGAACGCGGAGAUGAUGGAUGAAUUCUUCAAAGUUGGAGGUCGAUUCGAGCCCCACCGAGAGAAAUUGGUGUUCGCAGUGGAUAUGCUGGUCCCUUGA